CGUUAACUUCCUCGUUUCUGUUCCCCGCCGCCUUCUUUUCUUCUUAACUCAACAUUUCACUUCACUUUCUCUGCUUGAAGGUGAACUACAAAGGAGUUUCAGCACAUUGCUUUUUGGUAGUAUGACUAUUGUAUGGCUACCACACAAAUACUGAUGGAUGCUAAUCCAGAUAGCAAACCACUUUUCAGUGCAAAAGCUGCAAUUGACAAGGAGAAGUCAACUCCCUUGGAUAGCUUAGAUGGGAGGAGUUCAAGGUGCAUGAAUACGUGUGAGGAGACCAUCAAUAGCAUGGAGGUUCUGUUGCAUAAACAAAAUAAGGCUCCCAAGAGUCCUGAGGAUGUUGAGGUUGAUAUAAUUGGAUGCACAAAUAAUAAUGACACCAGAACAGUUAAAACUGAGGACCCAGAUGCAACUGAAUGUUCCAGUUCAUUUGCGAACACUACAUCUGAUACUGAGAAAUGUUCUGGAUUGAGUGAUGCUGAAGUGGAAUCCCAGUUCAUUGGUGGUGCUGCUUUUGCAUCUGCUUAUGGUGCAUUUAGUGGUGUGUUUCAUAUGAGGAAGAAAAAGUUGACAAGUCAUUGGAGGAGCUUCAUUCGGCCUCUUAUGUGGCGCUGCAAAUGGACAGAACUGAGAAUCAAAGAAAUUGAGUCUCAAGCACUAAAAUAUGCUAGAGAACUUUCAGCAUAUGAUCGGAGAAAAUUUUCAGGAAUUGAUCAAUCAACACUGGAAAGUUGUGGUUCAAAGUCAUUGCCGUUUUCCAGUCAGUGUUACCGUAAAAAGGCCAUAAAGCGAAGGAGACGAAAGAGAAUUGAAGAAACAACUGAUAUAGCAUCAUACAUGUCAUGUCAUAACUUAUUUUCCUAUCUUGAAAACAAGAAAACAAUUCCAGAUGGCACUUAUAUUGUCGAUGAUUUUGCCAACACAGCCUAUAGGGACCAACAUACUGAUUGCAACGAUAAAUUUGGCAUUAAUAAUGAUCAGUUGCUUUUGGAGUUCAGAGAUGGUAAUAAUCCCUUGGAGCAAGUCCUUCGGAAAAUUGAAAUUGUGCGUUCUAGGGUUCAAAAACUCAGGAGUCAACUUGAUCUGGUGAUGUCCAAAAAUGCUUCAAAAUUUUCUUCCUCGGAGAAUUUGAGCCUUCUUGCAGCUUGUGAUGCUCAGACCAGCUCUGCUCCCAGCCCUACAUUUUCAGCUGGCAAUGGAGAAACAAUAUCAGCUGGACCUGCAUAUAAUACAAAUCAGCAAAUUUCCGAAUAUGAUGUUGGAGAUCUGGUUAUGCCUGCAAGUGCAGCUUUUCAUGUUCCUGAUAUAAUUGAAAGCACUGUUGGAUUAUUGUCAUCUGCUGAUGUUACUUGCCAUCAGCCACAAAUUGGAGACUUGUGUGAAGAUAUUGUGGAAAAUGUUCUGAUGCAAAAUGAAGGAAAUGCUAGAGAUAAACAGAUUUUAAUGAGGACAAAUAGUCAAUCUAUAAAGCAACAUCAUCAACCAGAGAAAGGUGAAGAAGGAGAGAGCACCAAUCCUUGUCCUAUUCCAACAUCAGAACCUAAUCAUGCAACAAAAUACAUUGUCUCUCAGGAGCAAUCAACUCUGAGGUCAUGUCUAGCCUCAGAUAUCUGUUUCCCUAAGAGCAAAAGAAAGCGAGGGGAGCGUAAAGCCGGUUCUGGUGGUUGGAGCAGGAAACACUCAGGUGAGCCUGAUAGCCAAUGACUUCAUUUUUUAUGGGUCACUAAGCUUAGUAGGACCAACAUAUUUUUACUAGGUCACUCACAGAGGCACUGAAAAUAAAGUACCAUGGUCUUGAUGCUCUAGAUGUGUUCAACUGGAACUCCUAGACAUGGUUUUCAGAUCCAAUAAAUUGUAGUUCUGAUUAGCUGCCUUCGACCGGCAGUCUUCAUGAGGUCAAAAACCAAUCUGCAUUUCCAUGAUGAUGACAAUCGACUGUAAGCAAAAACUAGUUUCCUGAUGUCGUUUCUUCCAGUUCAGAUUUGCUGACACCAUGAGCUACUUCUCCAUCCCAAUGUAGCAAUGCAACCUUGAUUGAGAUGACUGAGUGAAGUUAAUUCAACAGGGUCUUGUCCACUUCCAACUGUUUAGUGGCUGAAACAAAUGAGCUCAUCAAAGCUGAAAAUCAUCGUAUGCCUGAAAUCUUGUUUAUGGUUAUAAAAGAAAUCAUUGUUGUGAACUUUGGAAUAUUUUCAGCUGCAUGAAUUUUAACUUUUGUUUAAACCCCUUAUUUUUAUGGGCAUAAUAACAUAAGUAUUCUGAAGGCAAGCAGUCAAUGGAGAAAAUUUGGCGAGAACUUGC